AUGAGCGCUCCGGAACACCCAGUGGGCAAUGAUGCCGAGCCAAUUGCCAUAAUAGGCAUGGCUUGCCGUCUUCCAGGAGAUGGAGAUAGCCUGGAAGGUUUCUGGGAUCUGAUCAGUUCGGGGCGAAGCGCCCAUUCAGAAAUCCCUCCAACACGGUUCAAUGCUAAUGCGUGGUAUCACCCCAACCCUGAUCGAAAGGGUGCAGUCAUCACCAAAAGCGGCCACUUUCUCAAAGAAGAUAUUUCGCUCUUCGAUGCCCCGUUCUUCUCCAUCACCAUCAAGGAAGCGGAAACUAUGGAUCCAAUGCAUAGAAUGAUGCUCGAAGUGGCAUAUGAAGGCCUCGAAAAUGCUGGUAUCCCGAUUUCCCAGAUUGCAGGUACAGACACAGGAUGUUUCGUGGGCUGCUUCACACGAGAUUUCGACCAGAUGACGGGGGCGGAUGUCUACAGCGUUGCUCCUUACGCCGCCACAGGAGGUGGAGCCACAAUGCUUUCCAAUCGAGUCAGUUGGUUCUACAAUCUCAAAGGGCCGUCCCUUAGUGUCGAUACGGCAUGUAGCAGUGGUAUUACUGCACUGCAUCUCGCCUGCCAAUCAAUCAAGCAAGGAGACGCAACAACUUGUAUUGUUGGUGGAACCAACCUUCUGAUUUAUCCAGAGCUCUUUCAGGCGCUUUCUCGCAUGCGAAUGAUCAGCCCUGAUGGGAAAUGUCAUACCUUUGAUGCUCGCGCGAACGGAUAUGGCCGCGGGGAGGGUGUUGCAUCUCUUGUCAUCAAGAAAUUGAGUACUGCAAUCGCAGAUGGCGACACCAUACGUGCCAUAAUCCGCAAUACCGGAUUGAACCAAGACGGGCGGACCCCGGGCAUUACCAUGCCGAGUGCACAGGCUCAGGAAGAACUCAUACGAUCCACUUACACUAGAGCCAACUUGUCACUCAGAGAAACUGCAUUCUUUGAGGCACACGGUACCGGGACACCAGUUGGAGAUCCAUUGGAACUGUCGGCUCUAGGAGCAACUUUCGGGGCAUCCAAGUUGCCAGAUGAUCAGCCUCUUUACGUCUCCAGUGUGAAGACGAAUGUUGGCCACACUGAGGGAUGCUCGGCAAUCGCCGGCAUAAUCAAAGCGGUCUUGAGCCUGGAGAAGGGGAUCAUUGCACCAAAUGCAGAUUUCCAGACACUCAACCCCAGAUUGCGCCUCGAUUCUUGGCGCUUAGCUAUACCAUCUGAGUCUAUGCAUUGGCCUGGUUCUGGUCUCCGCCGCGCCAGUGUCAAUUCUUUCGGCUAUGGAGGGGCCAAUGGUCAUGUCAUUCUCGACGACGCUUACAGUUUUCUACGAGACCAUGGCAUUCAAGGGAACCAUGCCACUGUUUUGAAUUCUACCGAUAGUCUCGACGAUCAUGACUCGGGAAUAUCGACACCGUCUUCGUCGGAUGAUGGCUUGGAAGUUGUGACGCCGACCCCGAAAUUGUUUGUGAUUUCCGCUUUUGACCAGGCCGGUCUAGAAAGGGUGUCUCAAAAGUACUUGCAGUUCCUGGAAACAUGGCCUCGACGAGCUGUAACCACGAAGGCAAAGGACACCGACACAAGGGUUAUGGAGAACCUGGCAUAUACCCUUGCACUCCGUCGAACCCAAUUCGAUUAUCGGACAUUUGCCGUUGGUGAUUCCUUACAGGCCUUACAGACAAGCCUGCAGUCCAAGCUUCCGAGUAUCCCUCGAGCCUCCACACAAAACAAUAUUUUCUUCGUAUUCACAGGGCAAGGCGCUCAAUGGCCGGGAAUGGGGCGUCAGCUCUUAACUGAUCCUGUCUUCCGUUCCAGCCUUGAUGAAAGCCAGGCGACCUUGACAGAACUUGGCUGUGAAUGGAAUAUUGCUCGCUGCCUCGAGAACAAUGAUACACGGAUCCAUGACCCGGAAUUUAGUCAGGUAAUCUGCACAGCUAUCCAGAUUGCACUCGUGAGCCUUUUGGGACAUUGGGGAGUCACACCACAAGCUGUCGUCGGUCAUUCGUCUGGAGAAAUUGCUGCCGCUUUCGUGGCAAAGGCCCUUUCCAAGGCAGACGCGAUCAAAACUGCCUACUUUCGUGGCCUGUUCUCCCAAAAAGUGCCUGAGCGAAUGAAUGGAGUGCCCGGUGCGAUGCUCGCAGCAGGAGUCUCACAAGAAGAAGCCUCUGCGUACUUGGGUCAACUCUCAAGUGGUAAGGCAGUGGUAGCUUGUAUUAACAGUCCUUCAAGCGUGACGAUUUCUGGGGACGCCGCAGCUAUCAACGAACUAGGACGUGUUUUAACCCAGGACAAAAAGUUUGCACGCAAGUUGAAGGUGCAAACAGCGUAUCAUUCUCAUCAUAUGCAUACUAUAUCUGACGACUACUUGAAUGCUUUGAAGACCAUUCGGACACAAGAGGCACCAAAGGAUGCUCCCCGGAUGUUUUCCUCUGUGACUGGACGGCUCAUUGAUGCGGAGGAUCUCAAUGCCCAUUACUGGGUCCAAAAUAUGGUCAGUCCAGUUUUGUUCGGCGAUGCGGUCCGCAGUCUACUCCAAUUCUCCGUCAAAACCAGGGGCAGAUACAAACAAAUCGAAUAUACUGCUGCUGUAGAGAUUGGACCACAUGAGGCACUCAAAGGACCGGUGCAGCAAACCAUGGCAAAUGUUGAUGCAAAGUUGACAUCCUAUGUUACUUACACAUCGCCUCUGCACCGCGGAACUGAUUCGAUGAUCUCAGCAUUGACAGCAGCCGGCAUGCUCUGGGCGAGAGGAGUCGAGGUCGAUCUUGCCAAGGUAAAUCAUCAAAUGGACAGCCAGAAUUACAGAGUGCUUGGCUGUCUUCCGGCGUACCCUUGGAAUCACAGCAAAGGGUUCUGGCACGAACCAGAAAUAAUCAGGUCAAUGAGAACGAGACCACAUCCUCGGACCGAUCUUUUGGGUAGUCCGUUUGAUCCGCAGAACCCUCUUGCCCCGCGUUGGCGCAACUUCUUGAGCAUUUCAGAAAAUCCAUGGCUGGCCCAACACAAAAUUCAAGGUUCAACUCUGUAUCCUGCGGCUGGUAUGCUUAUCAUGGUUCUUGAGGCGGCGCAUCAGAUGCACCAGGACAGAGGAGACAACCGCACGCUGCAUGGUGUCGAGUUCAAACAUGUUCUCUUUAAGCGAGGGUUACUUGUCCCUGAAGGAGACAACUCGAUCGAGACUAACUUGCAUAUCAAUCCUCAGAAGCUUCGAAACCAGGUCUCCGACGAGUGUUUCAACUUUACUCUCUUCAGCACGGCACCCGGGGAUUCUUGGGCAGAGCAUGCCAGUGGUCAGUUCUCCCUAGUAUAUGCAGAUGAUGAGACAGCUUUUCUCUCUGAGCAAAGGGCGGACUGGCAAGUUAAGCUCAUGGAGUUGGAGCGCGUCAAACGAGUUGCAAGCACGCAUGUUGACCCGAAGCUCUUCUAUCAACAACUAUCCGACGUCGGUCUGGCAUACGGCGACCAAUUCAAGAAUGUCACCGAGGCUUUUGCUGGGAAGAAUUGCGCCUUUGGUACAAUUACGAUUCCAGAUACAAAGAAGCUUAUGCCAUACGGAUACGAGUUCCCCCACUUGAUCCACCCAGCUACGUUAGAUGCAAUAUUCCACCUCUCGUUCAUUGCUACUACUUCUGGGGGCCCUCUCCCAUCAGCUAGUGUUCCAGUACGCUUGGAAAGCAUGUUCAUCUCCUCGAACCUGCCGCAAGGUGCUGGAUCGCUGUACAAAGCUGCUACCACAGGGGAUAUGCAGACCAUGCGUGACCGCACAAGUAGCUUCAUCAUUUCUGAUGCGGAAUUCGCGCAACCCAAAAUCAUUGUGAGGAAUUUCUCAUCUAAAGAUAUGGAAACCACUAUCACCAGCGCCAAUGCUUCCCACGGUACUCAAUCCUUGUACAAUGACCAGUUCACCCAGCUGCAUUGGAUUGACGAUCCAACCCUUGAGACCAGGCAUAUAUCUGAUUUCGAACAAUGGUUGAAGUUGAAGACACAGAAGAGCUCCUCAUUGUCAGCGUUAUUAGUGGAUGGUGCAGCCCUACUGGAAUCAGUUCGCAAUUUCGCACCCAGGCGGGGAUCCGGCGGCCGCUUUGGCCGUUGUGCCGUUCUCCAUCGGUCUGAGCAGGAUCUGGUAGCUUUGAGAGAAGAUUUCGAGGCUGAUGGAAUUAUUUCAGCCUACCAUCACACUUCAGAGGAAGACGGCAACUUCGAACAAGUGCCAGAAGAUCCUUUUGAUAUCAUUAUCUCAUCCAUGGACGGCACAUCUCCUGAUAAUCUGCUCAUACGGCUUCAAGCAUACCAAAGCAGAUUGAAGUCUGGUGGCAACAUCGUACUUUUGAGACCCGACGCUUCGACUCAAUGGGAUGACCAAUCACUCCAGCUUUCCUUGAAUGCAGUCCCAGAUUUCCGCGUGGACAUAAAACGCAAUUGGGUCUUGGUCACCAAACCGAUAAUUGUGAGUCCACGCUUCAGCCAAGAGGGAAUCGUACUGCUCAGGCCAUCCGGCCCAGCUUCGGUGACUACCCACCUGUUAGAUGCUCUGACAGAAGCAGCCCGUCUCCGCGGCUUGAGGGUCGAGUAUGCAGAGCUCUCUGACAUUGACAAACUCAAAGGUCAUGCUAUCAUCUCACUACUCGAAGCUGAAGAUGCUUCCAUUCUGAACAUGGACGAAAAACAGUUCAAUGCCCUUCAAGUCCUAUUUGCCUCUGUCCCCUACAUUCUCUGGCUCGGACGUACAACAUUAGACCAUGGGGCUUCUACAGGAUUUUUGCGUACAAUCCGCUCAGAAUAUCCACAGCUACGACUGCCGUACCUUGAAUUCGACUCUUCUGCAAAGCUUGAUCCUGCCCACGCUGCUCGAUCAGUCUUCACUAUAUUGGACGCAACAGAUGCACGAGAAGACAAACCCGCGGACUUCGAGUACCGGGACGUGGAUGGAAAAUUGUUGAUCCCACGUCUGACGACGGACACACACUUCAAUGCGGAGAUUGAAGGCACCAAGCCCAACCCGGCUCCGUCCUAUCUGCCUCUGUGCAGCGAAGGUCAAGCUGUCGAAGCUCGGGUACUCAGACCAGGGACAUUAGAAUCGAUCACCUGGGUGGACGUUGAGAUGUCGCAAGAACUGGCGGCAGACGAUGUUGCGAUUCGAGUGGAGUUUGUUCCUAUGCAUCCAAGGGAUUUGAAUACAGCCCUUGGGAAGACUAGCUUGUCAAAGCUAGGGGCUGAAGCCAUCGGGGUAGUUGUGAGAACGGGCGCAAACGUCUCACACAUUCCGGACUCAAGGUUCGUACAACGUCUUCCCAGCUCAGUCGGUGAUAAUGGACACACCUUGUUGCCAUCUGCAUACAUCACUGCCUACCACGCGUUGCACUCCCUUGCACGAAUCAGCUCUGGGGACAGGGUUUUAAUUCAUGGAGCGGGAGGUAGCACUGGACAAGCAGCGGUGCAAAUAGCCAAACGCGCCGGCGCUGUUGUCUUCGUCACUAUCACUUCCGAGGAAGAACGCAACAUCAUGCAAAGGCAGUACUCUCUCCCAACUGAAAACAUAUUCGAAUAUGGCAGUUCCAGACUUGUCGCGGCUGUCGCUCAUCGAAUCUCUGGUGGGGGCAUUGACGUGGUGUUCAAUUUGGGCUCCGCGAAAAGCCUUCAGGAUCUCCUCGAAAUGAUCAGCCCGAUGGGUAGAGUUAUCAAUGUGGGCAUCGAGUCUUCAGAUUUCAUCAUGGACUCUAAUAAGCAGCUCACAUAUUCGAGUUUCUCUCUCGCCUCGAUGCUUGAAUCACAGCCACACUUGGUUUCCCAGGUUUUCGAGAAGGUCUAUGAAAUGAUUCGCAAUAACGAGAUUGGCCCAGUCCACGGUGUACGCAAGUAUCCCAUUUCAGAGCUUCCCCGGACACUGUCGUAUCUCAAGGCAGGCUCACAGUACAGCACAAUCGUCUUUGAAAUGCAUCACGAGGGCCGUGUUAUGAGGUUGCCUUCUAAACCGAAGCUGCUGGAGUUGGAUCCAACAGCAGCGUACGUCCUCUGCGGAGGGCUGGGAGCUCUUGGCCUGUCACUUUCUGAUGACAUGGUCGAGUCUGGUGCGAGACAUCUGAUAUUUGUAUCCCGCUCCGGCGCAACCACGGACCUGCAAAAGGCGCAUAUUAAGAAAUGGGAGGAUCGUGGCUGCAUGAUAAGUGAUGUCAAGUGCGACACAACCGAUAUGGCUCAGGUCCAAGACUUGGCAGGAAGAGCUAGGCACAACGCAUGGAAUAUAAAGGGUGUGGUACAGAUGGCCAUGGUGUUGCGCGAUAGCCCGUUCUCGACUAUGUCGUACGAACAAUGGCGCACUGGACUGCUCCCCAAAACACUUGGCACAUGGAACCUGCAUGCCUGUCUCCCGGAUAAUCUGGACUUCUUUAUAACCCUCUCCUCAAUCUCUAACAUUAUCGGCAACGGUGGUCAGGCACAAUAUGCGGCCGGAAACGCCUACCAAGACUCCAUCGCAUUUUAUAGACGCUCGCUUGGCAUGGCCGCUGUUUCCAUUGGUCUUGGCGUCAUGCACGAUCUGAAGAACAACCACAUGUCACCCGAAGAUACGGAGAAGUGGCUGGCCCGUAACCCAACUUUACUUCCACUGAAAUUUACGGAGCGAGAUUUUCUCACCACGAUCAAAGCCAUCAUGCGGGGCGCAACCUCCGACCUCGAACCUGUCCCACCAUACAUUGUGUGCGGUGUCAAGAACGAUCUGGUGCGUGACAACGCUGCACGUGUCACUCACCAGUGGGUUUUUGAUGCGAAGAUGGAAUUGCGAGUGAAACAAGAGCUUGAGUUAGGAGAACAAGGCACCUCGUCUACCGGACGGGCAUCAUUAGCCAAGAAGCUGCAGGAUGCCGAGACCACACCGGAGGCCCUCCACUUGGUCGACGAGGCUAUCAGGGAGACUCUAGCCGCCGCCAUGAGCUCGAAGCCCGAUGAUAUCGAUCCUCGAAAGCCUUUGCAUGCAUCAGGUGUCGAUUCACUUAAAGCUGUGGAAUUUCGAAAUUGGGUUUUCGCUGAGAUGAAAGCCGACAUUUCUGUCUUCGAUAUAUUGAGCUCCAAACCCUUGGCGAGUCUAGCUGCACAGGUUGUGGGAAAUAGUCCGUUGGUGUCGUCUCAGAUUGCGAGCAGAGCUCGAGAAGUUGCAAGUGACUAA